AUGGAACAGCGGCAGAGCCAGCAGUUUAAUGGAACAGCUGCAAACAGAGAUGGCAAAAAACAUAUUUGGAGCAAAAACGUGACUCCAUGCAAGGUAAGAACCCUGCCUGAUCAGAUACUACUGGAAAGGGUUGAAAGCGACCCAUACCUGCUAACUUCCAGGUGUCUGAAUAAAAUUGUUUUAUUCCAGGAAGCUUUUCUGGGAUAUACAGUAUCUAGCCUCAUAUAAUCAACAUGCUUAAAUCUAAUUAAAGUUGAAUGGGUUAAGACCACAGAGUAAGCUGUCCUCCCAGGCUUAGCUAGGUGACAUACCCUCACCUUGGGAGGAAGGGUUACCAAACCCUUCGUUCUUUUUCUCUUUCCACCAGGUGAACCAACCAGUAAGAAUGUCUGGGCUGGUUGCUCCAAGCCCAGACCACAUGGCUUUAGCAAGCCGUCUUGUUUCUAUGCAAAUAAUUUAGAAACAUUUAGAAACCAAUUUUGAAAUUAAGUUGUACCACCUGUCUUUUAUUGCUGCUGUAUGGAAAAGGACAUGAAUAUGAUAUUUGAGGACUUUGUAAGUAAACCAUUUUUUACUUACCAAACGUGUGGUCUCUUUCUAUGUUGAGGGGAAGUGGGAAAUUUUGGAAGAAACUUAGAAGGGAAUAUGAUAAACUAACAGCCUAUAUUUCCACACUCUACUUUGCUGCAAGUUUUGUGAUUUUAAAUCUCUGCUGGGUCUCUCUCACCAAACCUGGAUCUAUGCAUCCAAGGAAUUCUCAUUUUAUUCUUUUACCAAAUUACUCAGAAACCAACAGUCUUUGCAUCUCCAAUGUUUUGAUCUCUGGUGUUUAAUUUAUGCUUUAAAUGUUGUAUUCGGCAUAGAUAUGUUUAAAUAAAUAAGCCUGCCACCAAGCAAUGCCUGACUGGCAGGGACUUUCCAGGCAGAGACGGAAAUUCUUUCCCUGCAAUUGCGUCUUUCAGCUGGAGAUUCCAGAGACUAAAUUUGGGACCUUCUAGGUGCAAAACAGGUGCUCUCAGCAUUGGUCUAAGCUUCCCUCCUUGAUUUUGUUGGUUACAGAGUGAAAAUCUGUAGACAGACAACUGGGUGGAGGCUCAGCAAACCUGUAAAGACUGUGUGCAGUGCUGCCAUCUGGAGGCCAUAAAUAAUAAUACUUCUUCUGAUUUUAGUUGUAGUGUUAGGAUUACAACAAAUAUUAUCUUGGGUUGUGUGAAUUCUCAGACUCCUGCCAUAGUGGACGCUGCUUGUGUUUUAUCAAGCUGAAACUAACAGCAGAAGCGCAAGCCGUAUAUUAUCAGAGCAAGUCAGAUGGUACAUUUUGGAGAAGGGUAGGAGAGGCGGUGGGGGCAGACGUAAGCCCCCCCCCACCACCAUGGCUUGUCUAUAUUUUAACAUUAUCUAGCUGUUAAUCCCAUUCUGAUUAGACCAGAGUAGUCCACACUCACACAUAUUUGAAUUUGUAUGCUAGGAGCAACUCUGGUAUUUCCCAUUUAUACCAGUAGGGGUUUUCUUUCCUUCCUGGACCUGCCUUCUAAAUUGUUGACUCCAUUAUGCUACAAAUCCACCUAACAGUUACCUCGUUCAACCCACAUUUUAUCAGUUUCUCUGCAAGAAUAUAAUGGGGGACUUUAUCAAAAGCCUUACUGAGAUCAAGAUACGCUAUAUCCCCAGCAUUCCCCUGAUCCACCAAGCUGGUUACCCCAUCAAAAAAGAAAUGAGGUUUGUCUGACAUGACUUAGUCUUAAUAAUCACAGCUUCCUUUUCGAAGUGCUCUUAAGUUUGUUUGUUGUUUAAUGAUUUUAUUAAGUUUUUCAAUUUUAUCGUAUUUCACACAAAAGGGGGGGAAAUAGAAUAUAAAUCCCCAAAUCCCCCCAUGACUUCCCUCAACUACCUUUUCUGGUGCUUUAUCUCACCCUGCUUAUUAGUUAUUUCUUAUUCUUUAAGAUAAUUAUUACUCUUUUCUUAUCAUUCUAACCUCAUAUUUCUAUUUCUACAUUUAUUUUAUUAGUUUGUUUUGUUGAGUGCAAGUGUUUAAUCAAACCCUGCAAGUGUGUCCACUUCUUUACAUUGAUUCUGCAGAUAUAAUAAUAAUAAUAAUAAUAAUAAUAAUAAUAAUAAUAAUUUAUUUAUACCCUGCCCAUCUGACUGAGUUUCCCCAGCCACUCUGGGUGGCUCCCAAUCGAGUGUUAAAAACAAUACAGCAUUAAAUAUUAAAAACUUCCCUAAACAGGGCUGCUUCAGAUGUCUUUUAAAAAUAGGAUAGCUGCUUAUUUCCUUGUCAUCUGAUGUACAUAAAUGGUUCCCAGUCCUUCUUAAAAUCUCUUAAGCUUUUGAUAGCAUUGACAUGGUAUCCUCCUGAGGUGGGACUUGGAGGUGCUGUGUUACCAUGGUUCUGGUCCUACCUCUGAGACCGAGACCAGAGAGCAGCAUUGGGAGAAUGCUUUCCAGACCCCUGGAGGUGGCGUUAUGGGGUGCCACAGGGCACUUAUUCCCAAUGCUAUUGAAUAUCUAUAUGAAGCUGCUGGGAGUGGCCAUUAGGAGUUUUGGGGCAAGGUCUGAUGAGUAUGCUGAUGACACUCAGCUCUAUUUUUCCAUCUGACUCAGGAGAGGAAAGACAAGCUGAGCUUGAAUCCUGACAAGAUGGAGGCCCAGUAGAUGAGUGGCUCCUGUGUCCAAGAAACUGCUCAGUUGCCUCUCUUGUGUGGGGUUGCACUCCCCUGAAGAUGCAGGUUCACGGUCUGCGGGUGCUUUGUCCCUGGAGGUCCAGGCAGCCUCAGUGGCUACGACCAUUCCUGGACUGGAAAAUCUUGGCCACAGCAGUCCGUGCACUGGUUACUUCCAGACUUGCUGCAAUGCACUCCUAACAGGGCAUUUCUUGUUCUUGAUCUGGAUGUUGCAGUUAGUGCAUAAUGCUGUGGAACAAUUGCUGACAGGAGUGAGACCCCCAUCAGCAUAUUACUGCUCACAGACCUCCACUGCUUGCCAAUUUGCUACCAGGCCAAGUUCAGUGUGUUACUAUUAGGAUAUAAAGCCUUCAACAGCUUGGGACCAGUUUACUUGCAAGAUCUACGCCCACUGGACUGCUUCAGUCUGUAGAACUUGCACUGUUGUGGUUGGCAUCCUUCUGUCUUGGAAUAUUCGCUCUGCAUCUGUAAGAAACAUAGCUGUCAACUUACAGAUUUGAAAAUAAGGGACCAGCAGCCUCGAAAAUAAGGGAUCAGGUUUGAAUUGAAAGAUAGACAGAGAAAUCUGAGAAUUAGGGCUGUUCCAGAGCGGGAGAAAGAUAAUUUGGCUGACUUUCUUACACAGGAAUUUACAGAUUUUUGGCAAUUGGACCCGGGAAGGAAGAAUUUAAGAUAGUGAAUGCAUUUAGGCUCGGAAGAAGACAAGGCAAGGGCAAGGUGAGAGACUGUUUGAUUACCUUUCGAACAAAAGAAGAGAGAGAUAAAAUUCUGAAUUUGCACUAUCAAAAAAACUUUGGAAAUUGAUGACUCAAGUCUAGUGAUUUUUAAGGACAUCCCAAAGCAUUUGCUGGACUUAAGGUCCAAUUAUGGAGACCUAGUGACCUUAUUGAAAAGAAACAGAAUUCUUUUCAGGUGGGAAUUUCCGCAAGGCCUGUCCUUCAAAUAUAAAGGAGAAAGAUAAAAAUAAAAUCAACUGAGGAAAAAGACAGAUUCUUGAAAGACCACGAGGAAGAUCUACUGAAAGAAGGGGAAUCUGAAGAAGAACCAAAAGGCAUACUAGACAUAUCAAAUUUAUCUUUUGGACUGCACGGUCCAGAAAAAGUGAUACUACCCACAGAACAAGAAGCGGCACUUGGGGCAGUUGGAGGUAAAGUGAAGUAGCCCCCACCAUGGCUCUGCAACUAUUAAGCUGGAAUUGUAACGGUUUGAAUUCUCCGCGAAAAAGAAAAAGUGUGUUUCAUUUAUUAAAAAAAGAACAAUUGGACUUGAUUUGUCUACAAGAGACACAUAUAACAAGGGCACAUAGGAAGUUAUUGAUUAAUAAAAGAUUAGGACAGGAGUUUGUCUCAUCUGACAAAGUUAAAAAAAAGAGGAGUCGUGAUUUAUGCAAAGGAGAGACUUUUACCGAAAUUUAUCUUUAAAGAUGAUCAAGGAAGAUUUUUGGCAAUUGAAAUUCAACUACAAGGAGAGAAAUUCUUAAUCGUGGGAAUUUAUGCACCGAACGAGGGGAAAUCUGAAUUCUAUAAAAAGUUGCAUGAGACUUUAUUGGAUCAUUUGGACUAUAAUUUGAUUCUGAUGGGGGACAUGAAUGGAGUAGUAUCUACAAAUAUGGACAAGGCUCAAAGACAGGUAGUCACCAAGGAUGGUAGACUACCGAAAACAUUUUUGAGAUGACAGACAAUAUGGACUUAGUGGACAUCUGGAGGGUAAAGAACCCCUGGGAAGAGAAGGAACCUUUUUUCUGAAGCCAAGAUGACAUGGACUAGAAUUGACCAAAUAUGGAUAACUAGAGGAAUGGCACCAAAGAUAAAGAAGGUAGAAAUCUGCCCAAAAACUUGUUCCGACCAUAAUGCUGUAAGGAUGGAGAUGAAACAAACAACAACCGGAUCCUUUAGAUGGAGGAUGAAUGACACCUUAUUUAGAGAUGAAGAAGUUUACAAAAAGGCCCAAAAGACUUUGAGAGAUUAUUUUGAAAUAAAUAUGAAUACCAAUGUAGAAAAAAGAGUAAUCUGGGACGCAAGCAAAGCUGUGAUGAGAGGGUUUUUGAUACAACAGAAUGCAAUAAAGAAGAGAAGUCAAAAUGAAAAGAAAGAUAAAAUCUUGGAAAAAAUAAAAGAAGGAGAGAAGAAAUUGAGAGCAAAACCAAAGUCCCAGGAGAUUUUGAGAGAAAUAAAAUUAUAUCAAGUACAAUAUAUGGAAAUGAUGAAUCAGGAAAUAGAAUGGAAAAUCAAACAAAUGAGACAAAAAUAUUUGAAUCAGCUAAUAAAUGUGGAAAACUGUUGGCCUGGCAAAUGAAAAAAAGACAAAAAUUAAAUACUAUUAUAAAUUUAGAAGUGGAAGGAAAGAGUAUACAUAAUCCAAAUGAGAUUAGAAAUUGCUUCCAGAAGUACUUUAAACAAUUAUACACACAAGGGCCACAGAAGGAAAUGGACAUAGACCAAUUUUUGAAGACAAAUGGCCUACAAAAAUCUCUCAAGAAAGUAAAUUAAUGCUGAACUAUAAAAUAUCUGAACAGGAAGUAGAAGGUGCCAUACAAAAUAUGCAAUUGGGCAAAUCUCCAGGACCGGACGGGCUGACUUCCAGAUACUAUAGAUCUUUGAAAGAGUGGUUACUGCAACCUUUGAAGGAAGUCUGCAAUGAAAUACUGGAGGGGAAAAGGGCACCAGAAUCGUGGAAAGAGGCGUACAUCACACUUAUACCGAAAACAGAGACUGAAAAGACUCAGCUUAAGAACUAUCGCCCUAUAUCGUUACUUAAUGUGGAUUACAAAAUUUUUGCAGACAUUUUGGCCAAGAGAUUGAAAAAAUAUUGAUGAAAGAGAUUCAUAAAGACCAAGCGGGCUUUCUCCGGGACGACAUCUGUCUGAUAACUUGAGGAAUAUAAUUGAUAUUUUGGAAAAAUUAGAAGUGAAUAUAAACACCAAAGCAGUAUUGAUAUUUGUUGACGCGGAGAAAGCUUUUGAUAAUAUCUCUUGGAGUUUUAUGAAGAAGAAUCUGCAUGGGAUGGGGGUAGGCCAAGGUUUUGAAAAUGGUAUAGGUGCAAUAUACUCUGAACAAAAGGCUAAAUUAAUUGUAAAUAAUGUGGUUACGGAAGAAUUUAAGAUAGAAAAAGGGACACGACAGGGGUGCCCAAUUUCCCCACUGCUUUUUAUAUCGGUCCUGGAGGUUUUGCUAAAUAUGAUUAGAAAGGACCGGUUGGUUAAGGGCAUACAGGUCGGAGCUAAACAGUACAAAUUGAGAGCAUUUGCAGAUGACCUAGUAUUGACGUUACAGGAGCCAGAAUCUAGUACUAAAAGAGUUUUAGAAUUAAUUCAGGAAUUUGGUCAGGUGGCAGGUUUUAAAUUGAACAAGUUAAAAACUAAGGUUUUAGAGAAAAACUUAACACCGAUUGAAAGAGAGAGGUUUCAGAAUGAGACAGGAUUGAAUGUGGUAAAGAAAGUGAAAUACUUGGGGAUUAAUAUGACAGCCAAAAAUGGGAACUUAUUUAAAGAUAAUUACGAAAAAUGUUGGACGGAAGUGAAAAAGGAUUUAGAAAUUUGGUCAAAUUUGAAACUCUCGUUGCUGGGCCGUAUUGCUGUGAUAAAGAUGAAUGUAUUGCCUAGAAUGUUGUUUUUGUUUCAGACAUUACAAAUUGUAGAUAAGAUGGACUGUUUCAAGAAGUGGCAGAGAGAUAUUUCUAGAUUUGUCUGGCAGGGCAAGAAGCCCAGAAUAAAAUUUAAGAUAUUAACUGACGCCAAGGAAAGAGGUGGAUUUGCCCUGCCAGACCUUAAACUUUAUUAUGAAUCAGCAGCUUUUUGCUGGCUGAAAGAAUGGCUACUUCUUGAAAACACAGACAUUUUGGAUUUAGAAGGUUUUAACAAUGUAUUUGGAUGGCAUGCAUAUUUAUGGUAUGAUAAGGUCAAAGCACACAAAGCAUUCAAAAAUCAUAUUGUUAGGAAAGCAUUGUUUAAUGUCUGGAUAAGAUACAAAGACUUAUUGGAAAAUAAAACCCCAAGGUGGCUGUCACCAAUGGAAGCAAAAGCUCUGAAAAGGCUCAAUAUGGAGGCCAAAUGGCCGACAUAUUGGGAAAUUUUGGAGCAAGAAGGAGAUAAAUUGAGACUGCAGAGUUUUGAAAAAUUAAAAAUAAAGUGAGAGAUUGGCUCCACUACUAUCAGAUAAUGGAGGCAUAUAACUUGGAUAAGAAAAUAGGCUUCCAAGUGGAAAAGUCAAAAUUAGAAACAGAAUUGUUAGAACCCAAAACUAAAAAUUUGUCAAGAAUGUAUAACUUGCUGUUGAAAUGGAAUACUCAGGAUGAAACGGUGAAAUCUGCUAUGAUUAAAUGGGCACAAGAUGUUGGACAUAACAUUAUGUUCGCUGACUGGGAACAGUUAUGGACCACAGGUAUGAAGUUUACGGCAUGUAAUGCCUUAAGAGAGAAUAUUAUGAAAAUGAUAUACAGGUGGUACAUGACCCCAGUCAAGCUUGCAAAAAUUUAUCAUUUGCCCGAUAAUAAAUGUUGGAAAUGUAAAGAAACUGAAGGUACAUUCUUUCACCUUUGGUGGACGUGCCCAAAGAUUAAGGCUUUCUGGGAAAUGAUAUAUAAUGAACUGAAAAAGGUAUUUAAAUAUACCUUUCUGAAGAAACCAGAGGCCUUUCUCUUGGGCAUUGUCGGCCAACUGGUGCCAAAGAAGGACAGAACCUUUUUCAUGUAUGCUACAACAGCAGCAAGAAUACUUAUCGCAAAGUAUUGGAAGACACAAGAUCUACCCACUUUGGAAGAAUGGCAGAUGAAGGUGAUUGACUACAUGGAAUUGGCGGAAAUGACUGGCAGAAUCCGAGACCAGGGAGAAGAGUCGGUGAAAGAAGACUGGAAAAAAUUUAAGGACUAUUUACAGAAAUAUUGUAAAAUUAAGGAACUUUAGAAGGAUGUUGGAUAGAAAUUAAGAGGUUUUUAGCUGUAAUGCUUUAAGAGACAUGAAAAAAAAGGUUAACAAUUGGGUAAAAGAUUAAUGGUAAGGAUUUGCUGAACCAACAAACUGAAUUGGAAUACAAAGAAGGGAGGUAUGAGGAGGUCUGGGGAAAUAAGAGUAAGGAAGAUAGGUUAUGGAACAUUAUUGUGUUUUUAACUGUUUUAUUUUGUAUGUUUUUUCUUACUUUUUACUUUUUUGCUGUAAUUUAUACUUUUUUCUUUGUUUUCUCAGCAGCCCCAAUAAGGGAUGUUCCGAACACAGGUAUGUUAAACUUCUGAGCCCCUCCGAGCCAAAGGCAGAAAGCCCAGCCAGCAGCUAAACGAAGCCUCAAGCGGUAGUUCCCACAGCGCAGCAACCUGGCAAAGGGGAUGCAGCAAGGAAAACCACCGUCACCUCUCCACUGGGAAGCGCUGAGCAAAGGCGAGUCCCCAGGCAACGCGCACAAGGCAUGCAAGCUCCACCCCCCAGUUGUUCUUAGACUCCUUAUUGGGUGAGCAACGCAGCCAAGCAACACAGUUGGAGCCUCCCUCCUCCCUGGCUGGCAGGGAGGGAGGGAGAGGAGCUGCUUCCUUUGAAACCCAGGAAAUUUAAGGGACAUCAUCAAUAAGGGACAGCAGCGGGACAUGGCACUAGGAUAAGAGACUGCCCCACCAAAUAAGGGACGCUUGACAGCUAUGGUAAGAAAUCAGUUUUUUUGUGUGACAGCAUCCACACUUCAGAACUCCCUGCCUAUUGACAUCAGAGAUGCCUUCACUGUACUCUUUUUAGUGCCUGCUGAAAACAGUUUUGUUUAGGUUAGGCAAGCCCAUCAGGACGUGUAGAAUGUUGACAUGUGCUUUAAUCUGGGUUUUAGUUUGGGAUUGAUUUUAAUUAUGUUUUGAAUGUUUUAAACAGCUGAUUUCACAGCUUUCUACUGAUUCUUAUUCUUUUUGUAAACCACUUUAAGGUUUUAUUACAAUCAAGCAGUAUCUAAAUCUUGUGAAAUAAAAAAAUAAAUCCACAUAGAACCAAAAUUACGUUUUAAAGAACUUCCUAUCCCCACACUGUUGUUGGGGGGUGGGGAUAUCCCAACUGAUAUUGCAAAAUCUGCUGUUGAAACUGUAAGAGAGGCUGGGCAGCCCUUGCUGGCAAUUGUAAUUCUUGCGUUUUAUUAUAAUGUAAGCUCCCCUGGAAUCCUUGGAAGAAAGGCAGGUUAGAAAUUCUCUCAUAAAUAAAAAUUGCAGCGGGAGACUUAAAAAGUAUUAGUUAGCAACCUGGGAGCAGACGUUGUCUGCCCAAGGAAGUUGCUUGUUUGUAUGCAGGUGUCAUACGGAAUAUAUAACAAGAUGAAAGAUGAAAAUAUCUUUUUUAAUAAUUCCAGUUAAUUAGCUUUAGUAUGUAUAAUGGGACAUGAAUCCAAUAUCUCCAUUCAGACCAGGUCUCUCCAUAGUUUUUAGUUUGGUAAUGAGUUGUAAUUCAGCAACUUCUCUUUCAAGUGUAUUUCUAAAAUUCUUCUGCAAUAAGACAGCUACUUUAAGAUCUUGUAUAGAAUGCAAUUAGAAGCUAAUUUUGGUCAUCUAUCCCUUUAAGAAUCCCUUGCCCUUCCCUGUGGAACUAACUGUCAUUACAGUCCUCAACAGUUAUAAGGCUGAAGUAUCUGACGAAGUGUGUAUUACACACGAAAGCUCAUACCUUGAAAACUUAUACUAUUGAGUUGAUCUUUAAGGUGCCACUGGAAUUAUUAAAAAAUAUCUUUUCAUCUUUCAUCUUGUUAUUUAUUAUGACUAUGACAGAUCAACAUGGCCUUCCACCUGAAUCUGCUGUCAUUCGUAGUUGACCUCUCCCACGCACACUGUCUUAGGCGACUUAUUCCGGUUUUCAACUUCGGCUUUUGAUCUCAAAAUGUUCUGUUUAUCACAACUGAUUCCUCUGUUCAUCUUGAUUGGAAUUGGAGGGACCGGCCUGUGCACCAUGCGCCUUGCUCUUCGCAACCCUGAUCUCAGGUAAGUGCCACCCCUCAGGGCAGGAUCAGCCCUUGGCCUGGUGCUGACAACUGCCAUCCCCGCAAAACCACGUCACGUGCUCCCCGCCUCCCAGUGGCCCCUGGGUGUCCUUCACUGAUGGUUGUGAGGCAGCGCUUUGGAAUGGGACCUCAGCUGGACUCCCAUCCGUGUCAGCUGCCCACUACUUUACGCAACUCAGAAUUCAUCACAGGGAUCCGUGGCCUGAGAGGAUGGGAGCGAGCUUGGCUUCUUAUCAGAAGCGACACUGCCACUGAAGAGCGUCUGGGGACCCAGUGCCAGGGACUGGUGGCCUGGCUGGGCCAGGCUGAUAAGCACCCUUCCAAACUCCUUGGGGGCAGAGCUUUUGCCACUUUUUAAAGUGUUGCAUCUUAAAGCGCCACCUGAAUAAAAUAUGACCUGCUGUGCUCCAGAGGUAGAAUAAUAAUAAUAAUAAUAAUAAUAAUAAUAAUAAUAGUUAUAAAACAAAUUAUAAAACCACAGUAAAACAUGAGCGUCAGCUUCUUAGCUUUAGAGUAAGAAAACCAACCAUUCCUCAGCCGAAUUGUAUCCAAGGCAUUGCAAUGAGCGGUACAGCAUAGCUAAAAGGGUAUUUGGGAAGAGAGUAAAGCCAAUGAACUGUCUGAGCAGAAAGCACAAAGUCUAUCAGGAACCUGUCAUGGAGAAAGUGUAGGAUCGGGAUGCCAGCAUCGAGUUCUGUCCAGCACUGCCUCACCAACUUGCCGCUGUCUCUGGUGCAAGGCAGUGAGAAGCUGCCCUUGCAUUUAGGUAACUGUGUGUUAACUGGCUUUAAAGGGCUUUUACAAAUACUUGGGGUACGGUGGCCUUUUUUUACAUCCCACAUUAUAAAAGAAGUGUGCUCUUCUGGUGGCACUGAGGAGGCCAUGAUUGUUAAAUUUGGUGGGAACCAUGUGCCAACAGUUGGGCAGAGCGUUACGCUUUAUGCUGUAUGUUUUUCUUCUUCUUACAAAGAUGUACUCCUUGCUGUCUGCCUCUUGUCACGUUUCUCUGCCUGCCUGGGACAAAAAGAGCAACCCAGAGCCUUGGAACAAGCUGUGACCCAACGACCAGUUUAAGGUAUGGUCGGAAAUACUUAACUAGGGUUAUGAUGCUGGUUAUCUUAUAGGCCAGGGAUGGGGAGCCUGGUGUCCAGCAGAGAUUGUUGGGACUCCAACUCCCAUCAGCCCCAUCCCUGAAAUCUACGGAAGAUGGGCUAAUAAUAAUAAUAAUAAUAGCCAUUUGGUGGGAAGAAUAAUAAGCUUCAGCUUUGGAAGGCCUGGUGUGUGUG